UUUUGCAGUGAGAGGACAGCAUCGUCUGCGGAUCACAGACUCUUUUGAGUUUCUCGGUUUAAAGGAGCCACUCGACUGGAACUCAGAUCGUGGGUGACGGGAUUAUAAUCUCAGAUUGAGUUGGAGUGUGGACAUGGCUGCUGGCUGCUGUCUGUGCGCGUGCACAGGAGGGGGGGCUCGAUCUCUGCAGAAAAUAAAUCGCGUGCAUGCGUGAAGCAAAACCUCUCAUGUGGAGAUUCGAGCAGAAUUUAAAGUUCUUGUGGUUUUCUGGAUUCAUCACGGGGAUGCGGUGGAGGAUCCGGCGGGGAUAGGCGACCCUCGAACCCGGGCAGCGGUCCUCACCCUCCGGGCUGGAGAAGGGAGUCUCCCCGCAGCACGGGCUCAAGCGAGAUGCGAGGACGAGUAGUGGACCGACCCCCUCAUCAUCAUCAUUAUCAUCGUCAUCAUCAUCAUCAUGAUCAUCGUCACCAGGAUGAGGAGACCUGUGCCGGGGCUGUAGGUCACUGACGUGUCCAUGUCCCCGGGAGGUGGGACCGAGGCGCACGAACCCUGUGUCCCGCACCUGAGGGCACCAACAUGGAUAAACUCACCGUGAUCUCCGGGUGCCUCUUCCUCGCUGCGGACAUCUUCGCCAUCGCCAGCCUCGUCAACCCGGACUGGAUCAACACCGGAGAAUCAGCUGGCUCCCUGACCGUGGGUCUGGUCCGCCAAUGCCAGACCAUCCACGGUCGAGAGCGGACCUGCAUCCCUCCGCAGCUGCCCCCGGAGUGGAUCACCACGCUCUUCCUCAUCUUACUCGGCAUCGUCUCCCUCACCGUCACCUGCGGCCUGCUGGUGAUGUCACACUGGCGCCGCGAGGCCAGUCGAUACGCACGAUGGAUCGCCUUCACAGGGAUGGUCCUGUUCUGUAUGGCCGCUCUCAUAUUCCCCAUCGGCUUCUACAUGAACGAGGUCGGAGGUCAGCCGUACAAGCUGCCCAACAACACGGUGGUGGGCUCCUCCUACGUGCUCUUCGUUAUGUCCAUAUUCUUCACCAUCGUGGGCCUGCUGUUUGCAGGGAAGGUUUGCUUACCUGGCUGACCCAAGCCGACCCUCCUGCUCAGCUGGAGGUUACUUCUCUGUGGCAGCGUGGAAGUAUCGUGCAAGUGCGUUUUUUGGAUGAUUUGUCACAAUCGGUGAAAUCAGAGGAAGAACAAGCGCAGAAAUGGCCGUCGUCCUCACCCGUCCUGAACCGUGAAGCGUUGAACAGUAAGCAACACAGAAAGAAACUUGAUUCAAAUGGAUGAAAACAUCAGGACUUUAAAGGAUAAUAUCCAGCAUCAUAAGAAUGAACUACAGCUGACAACUCUGCUCCUUUCUUCUCAUCCAAACAACCGAUACGCACAUUUUGAGAUGAGCUGGAUAAAUCAAACCGACACUGGCAAAACAUCAGCCAGUCCC